AUGGCGGCCGCGCCGCCGCCAAGCGCGGCAGCCGGGGAGGAGGGCGGGGCCACAGCGUGUCGUGCAAAGGGCCGCGCCCCCACGUGUCGUAAAAGGAGCUGCGCCACACCACCGCAAAGCGUGGCAGUCGCUGCCCUCAGUGGCAUCUAUCCUGACCUCCCAGUGGAAGAGCAGAGGAACCUUUAUGCUGCCAUCAAAUACUAUCUCCUCCAGGAUGGAUCAAACCAGAAAUGCUACAAUGCAGCCAUUCCAGGUCUGAAUUCCACUGCUUGGUUUAAAAACUACCUUGGAUCCUUUUUGGAGCAUGCUACUGUUGGAGACCUGCAGCUUUUUGCUGAUGAACCAACAACAGCUGUGUAUUACACCUCCCUGCUGACCUCUGCACCUGAUUUCCCCUUGGCCAGUCUUCCAGACAGAUUUGUUUGCUACCUGAGCCCCUCAGCAGUGAGCAACCUGAGCAGAGAUGAGGCUUUGAGCUUGGCCCAGAGGAUCACUAAGAACUGCCCAUGGAACCUGACACACAGAGGUGUGACUAGAGAGAGAGCUCCUUCCCCCCUGAGCAGGGAGGAGCUGCAGGUUGCAUCCUCUUUGGUGAGGAAGUUUGAGCAUCUUCCUCCCGUGGUGCUGCGUGCCUUGGGCCAGGCUGCAGUUGGCCUCUCCAUCUCUCACAUUCAGAACAGCAUCAGUGCCCCAGACCUUGGAGCAGCUCUCCCUGCCCUGGCUGAAGUUCGUGGCUGGACUGCUGAGCAGGCCAGCACCAUUAUCAACAAACUGCUCAGCUCUGGCUAUCAGAUCUCAGAUGGGCAGAGCCUGGCAGAGCUGGGCAGCUUGCUGCCUGGCCUCAGCACCACCACGCUUCGGAGUCUGCCUCCAGAAGUCAUCUUGGAAGCCAUUCAGUUGCCCAGGUUUGUUCAGCACGUGGAGGCCCUGCCCCCUGCUCUGAAGAUGAUCCUUGUGGAAAAGAUUUCCUCCAGUGUAAGCCACCCUGCUGAGCUGGUUGGAUGGAUCCCUGAUGCUCUGGCCAGGUACAUUCCAAAGUCAUUGCUUGUUUUUGGGGAGGAGGAGCCCAACCUCCAGGAGCUCAACAGCAAGACCUGGACCCGAGAGCAGGCUGCCAUGUUCUUCAGUGAUGUGAUAAGGACAGAGCCUGACUUCAACAGGCUGUCCCAGUCAGUCCUCCAGGGCUUCACCUGUGCAGCUGCCAAUGAGACCCGAGCAGAAAGAUUUCAGGAGCUGGCCAAAGUGAUGAAGAAGAAGGAGGUCAAGCUAGGAGAAGACCAGCUGAGCUGCUUGGUGAAGGUGGUGACACUGCAGGGGAUUCCCAAGGAUUUGGACAGCUACCCUAAGGAGCUGCUGCUGUUUUUAAGUCCUUCAGACUAUGCAGCCACAGGAAGCUGCAUGCAGUUCUUUGCUAAUGUUGGGGAAGCCAACCUGGAUGUUCUGCCAAGAGACUCAUCUCAGAGGACGGAGCUGCUCUUGGAGGCUUUGGCAUGUCUGAAAGUUCAGGGCAGCCAAGUGAGUGAGGAGGAUGCAGAGGUUCUGGGCCAUCUGAUCUGUGACCUGGGUGGGCAAUACAUCAGAAGUUCUGCUGGGAGCCUGCUGAAGCACUUGAGCCACUGUGAUUCUUUCCUGCCUGAGCAAGAAGAGGCUAUCAGGAGUGUCAUCAGCAGUGGCAACACCACGUUUGGUCCUCCUGUAGUGUGGUCAGCUCUUACCUUGAAUGAGCUCAGUGGCUUGAUUCCUGUGUUUGAUCACAGCAUCUUGCAGAGGAUCCCCAAGGAUGCUUUAACUCUUUGGCUGAAGAACUUUGCCCAGGAUUCUCCUCUGUCAAGGGAAGAGCUGGGCAGCAUUGCUGAAGAGCUCCUGCCCACCAGGCACAGACGAGCAGAUGCAGGUUGCCCACCUGGGAAGGAGAUAACUGAGGAGGUCCUUAAUGAUAACACCAUGAACAUUUACUACAGCCCUGCAGAGCUGCAUGCCUGCCUAAGGAACAUCUCUCUGGAGAACUACCUCACCCAGAUCCUGGCCUACCCCUUCAGUGACCCUCAGUUAGCUGCCAUGAAGCAGCAUCUGGAUGAGACAUAUCCUGAUGGCUAUCCUGCAAGCCUGUUCCCCAAGCUGGGCUUCCUCAUUUCUUUUGUCACUCCUGAGGAGAUUUCCAAGUGGAACAUCACUUCAGCUGAUGCUCUGGCUGGCAUCCUGGGAAAUCAGCCCCCUGAGGAGCAGGCUUCCGCAGUCAUCCAACGCUACCUGGCCUUGGGCAAUGCCCUGGAUGCCACUGCUCUGAAUGCCAUUGGUACCACCUACAUCUGCCUUCUGGAUGGGGCUGAGCUCAACAGGAUAGACCCCAGCAGCCUGAAACUGGCGUCUCUCAACCCUUCAGCCUGCUCAGAGACUACAAAGGACAUUUUAUAUGCUAAAGCCAAAAGGGCUUUCUCUGGCCAGCCUUUCCCUGCUUACUAUGAACUCAUUGGACCCUACCUUGGGGGUGCUCCUGCAGUGGAUCUCCGAGCCCUGAGCACGAAGAAGCUGAACAUGAACAUCAGCACUCUGAUGAAUCUAAGAAGAGACUCCCUGCUGAGCCUGACACCUUCUGAGGUCCAGGGCCUGCUGGGGAUCAACCUUCCUGACCUGAAGCAGUGGCAGUACAGAGCUCCCAUCUGGCAGUGGGUGCAGAGGCAGAAGCAGGCAGAGCUGGAUCAGCUGCACAUUGGCCUCACUGGGGGCACACAGGAAGGUUACAUCAACCUUGCCAUACCCAAAUCUCAGUUACCAUCCUCAGCCUCUCUGGGUGCUGUGCCCAUGACAUUCCACCUCCUGCCUGCUCUGCUUAGCAGUUGCCUGCUGAUGUCCAUCUUGUCAUGA